UGCAAAGGAGUUCUCAUCUUCUUCUUUUCUUUCUUUUCUUUCUGUCAUUGCUUUCGUAAAACCAAACAUCCCUCUCUACUCUCUCACUAGGGCAGAGCACGAAAAGCACUUUAAAUUUCGCCACAGAAGACCAAGUUUUCUGUCAACCAUUGAUCAAAAAAAGUUGGUGUAUUGUUAGGGAAGUUAGGGUGAAUUGGGGAAAAAAAUGGGAAGCAAAGGUCGAAUCCCGCCUUCUCACAUGCGUCGGCCGCUUCCUGGACCCGACCCGUUUGGCCCGGGCAUACGGCCGCCCCAUGGCGCCUAUCCUCCGUUUGAUAUGUUGCCUCCUCCACAAGUUAUGGAGCAGAAGCUGGCUGCACAGCAUGUGGAGAUGCAGAGGCUUGUGGUGGAGAAUCAGAGGCUCGCCGCCACCCACGGAAGCCUGAGGCAGGAGCUGGCGGGUGCCCAACAUGAGUUGCAGAUAUUACAUGCCCAGAUAGGAGCUAUCAAGUCUGAGAGAGAACAGCAGAUGAGGAGCCUUGUGGAUAGUAUAGCCAAGAUGGAAGCUGACCUAAAGUCAGCCGAGCCUGUUAAGGCGGAGCUACAGAAGGCUCGAGCCGAGGCCCAGAGCUUGGUUGUUUCAAGGCAAGAACUGAUUGCCAAAGUGCAACAACUCGGGCAGGAUCUUCAGAGGGCUCAUGCGGAUGUACAGCAGAUUCCAGCUUUAGUUGCACAGCUUGAUGGACUGAGGCAGGAAUAUCAGCUCUGCAGGGAUACAUAUGACUAUGAAAAGAGAUUAUACAGCAACCACCUUGAAUCACUUCAGUGCAUGGAGAAGAACUAUGUUACCAUGGCUAGGGAGGUGGAAAAGCUCCGAGCAGAGUUACUGAAUAAUUCUAAUGUUGAUCGGAGAACUGGUGCCACAUAUUAUGGAACCCCGGGAAAUAAUGAGAACGAGGCUAUUGGGCAGGCUUUAGGACAAAAUGGUUUUGAAGAUAGCUAUGGUGUUCAACAGCAGGGACGUGCCACCUUCCCUCCUGCUACGGCUGCGGCUGUUGCCGGCGCUGGCGGUGCUGCCACCGCCAAGACCCCUCCAUUAGUUGGAGCUCAAUCUGGACCUCCUGGAAGGACUGUUUAUGACGCACCGAGGGGGCCUGGUUAUGAUCCUUCGGGUGGACCUGCUCAUGAUGCACAGAGAGGACCUGCUUAUGAUCCACAAAGAGGACCUGCUUAUGAUCCACAGAGAGGACCUGCUUAUGACGCACAGAGACCUGGAUAUGAUAUACAGAGAUCGGGUUAUGAAGUGCAAAGAGUGCCUGGUUAUGAUCCAACCCGGGGUGUCAACUAUGAUGCACAGUCUAGAGCUGCUGCUGGCGGUCCUCAAGGACAUGUGCCCACAGGCAAUGUGCCUUAUGGUUCUGCAACACCACCUACUCGCGGGGGAACUGGAUAUGAGGCACCACCACCUCGAGGACCGGGAGGGGGAAACCCUGUUCGAAGAUGAGCUCAAGUCGUCGAACCAAAAGAUUAUCGCAGAAAUAGUGUAGUAGUUAGGAUGUCCGAAAUUUGUCAAAAUUUCCUCUGAAUCUCCAAUCAUCUGCUACCUUGAAUAACAUGUUUUUUUUGGGGCCAUUCUGGUCUUCCGCUACUUUCUUCGAUUUUUGUAUAUGGUUGGGAAAAAUAUUCUGUUACUACUUGUGAUACAGGCAACCGGACACGGUUUGUAAUUGAUAUUCAAAUGAGAAGAAAAUUGUUAGCAGUC